UACCUCCAUUUGCUUGGGCCUCUUAGACCCCAAAAGCACUCACAGCUAUGGGUUCCUCUCGCUCAGAAGGCUCCACCACUGGAAAAGAACGCCUGCGCUGGACACAACAACUCCAUGAUCGUUUUGUGGAGGCUGUAAAUAGGCUUGGAGGGCCUGAUAGGGCAACACCGAAAGGUAUAUUGAAGGCUAUGGGUUCUUCAAAAUUAAACAUUUACCAUGUCAAAAGCCACUUGCAGAAAUACAGGAUCUCAAAAUUGAUUCCAGAAUCCACCACAAGAGGAAAGAUUGAGAAGAAAAGCAUAUCAGAUAUACUGCCAAAUUUUAGUUCUAUAUCUGCCCUUCAGCUAAAGGAAGUUCUUCAAUUGCAGACAGAGGCGCAUAAACGCUUGAAUGAUAAAGUCGAGGUUCAGAGAAGCUUGAAGCUAAAAAUUGAAGCACAAGGAAGAUACUUUGAGAGAAUUAGCAAAAGCUAUCACAGUCGAACAAUAAUGGGAAAAUCUUGCAAGCCUUUUGUUGUUAAAGCUGCACCUCUACCUUCUCUUUCUGAGGAAUCUGAAUCCUUGGAAACAGAGGAAGAACAUGGAUCAGGAAAAAAACAAAAGGCUAUAGAGGAGGGUGUUUUUCCAUCAAGCUUUGAUCUUGUAUCAUCCACCACUUCAGAACUCUACAAUCAAACUUGGAAUCUCUCUUGGAGCCAACUUGCUACACAAGUGUGCCAAUCACCUUUGGUGCCUGGUUUCUUGUUAUGAGUUUUGUAUAAUUAGAAUAACUUUGUCUGAAUAAUAAUGAUGUUUAUGAUGUCGACCUUGUAUAUAGUCUUUCUUGAUCCUUUUGGACCUUCUAAGCAUUUCUUCAAGGGACAUUUAUAAAGUUGAGGUCUUGGAAGGGGACAAGAAAAUGCUUGUAUGAUAUGUUGUUGACGAAAAUAAAAUUUCUGCUUGGCUUAUACUUA